UGCAGCCACCCAGAUGGCUGGCCCCUUGUGGUGGGCCGCCGCUUUUGUCCAGCGACACAGGACGGGCCUCCUGCUGGGAGCCUGCACAGGCCUGUUUGGGGCUCAAGUCUCCUACCACCUCUUCCCAGACCCGGUGGUCCGCUGGCUCUACCAGUACUGGCCUGGGGAUCAGCCGGCUCCACUCUCGCCUGAGCUGCAGAACCUCCUCCAGGAAGUACUGCAUGACCUGGGUGUCCCGUCGGGACAUCGCUACAAACCUUUCACCACCUUCACCUUCCAGCCCGUCAGCGCUGGCUCCCCAAGACUUCCUGCCGGGGCUGUGCUGGGAAUCCCAGCCAGUUUCCUGGGAGUCCCAAUGACCGAUCCUGACCGUCCUGUGGUGGUCCACGGGCACAGAGUGGACUGGCAGAGCCCAGCGGGGGCCCGGCUAAGGGAUGCUCUGACCCUGUCCCACGACGCCCGCAAGUUUGCCUUGGCCCGGGAGGUGAUGUACUUGGAGAGCAGCUCAGCUGCCCUGCAGGCUGUACCCGCCCCUGCUUGCCUGGCGGGAACCUGGGCCCUGGGUGUGGGAGUCAAACAUGCCCUAGGGCUCUACGGAGGUCCCCUGAAUCUUCGAGCUGCCUUCAACUUGGUGGCCGCCGUGGCCGGCUUCGUGGUCUAUGCCUUCUCAGCGGACUCUCUCACUCACGCCCUGGAAGGCUGGCUGGACCGCCGUACCGCCUCCCUGUCAGCAGCCUAUGCCCGCGGUGGGGUGGAAUUCUAUGACAAGAUCCUAUCGGGUAACCUGGCCCUGCGCAGCCUCCUGGGCCGGCGCGGGGAGCAGCUAUACACUCCCAGUGGGAAUGUGGUCCCCAGACACUGGUUCCGCAUUAAGCAUUUACCCUACACUGCUCGCCGGGACUCAGUGCUGCAGCUGUGGAGGGGGACGCUGCACCCAGGCCAGUCAUGAGUGCUGGCCUUACCCUGCACACUGCCCUGGGCUCUGCACCCACAGGCCCAGGUUAACAGCCCCCUAGGUGGUGUCCCAUGAAGCCAAGCUCCACUGGGGAACACAGCAGCCUGUGAACCAGCUCCCAGGACAGAGGCUUGUGUGAGGUCUGGGACACAAACAGGGAGCUGGGCACACCUCUCCGCCCCUGGUGAUAGCCACCACUGUGAACUGUCUGGCUUCCCAAUGUGCCUGGAGCCUUAAUCCCAGUGGUAGAGCUUAAUAAAAGGUGCCAGAGGCCAUGAUGGGACACUGGUGCGUGGGCCUGAGGCUUCUGUAAGGUGGACCUUUAAGGGACUGUGUGAGUCAGAGUCUUGCAGAUGUAUGUGGGUACAAGGCUGGUGGGCACCAGGAGAGUGCCUGGACCUGACGGGAUGUGGGUGAAGAGGCAUUCUCAGCAACUGGCUGAGGGAAGAAGAAAAGCAGGCCAGAGAUCCUGAUACGAUCUAGCCCUGGGGCAGGGAGGA